AUGAAUUCUAAUGCAUCGCAUGUCAACCACCAUAGUUUCAUUUUGACAGGAAUCAUAGGAAUGCCAGAGAAAAACCCAUGGAUGGCUUUUCCCCUGGGACUUCUCUACACUCUAACUCUCUUGGGGAAUGGCACUAUCCUAGCUGUCAUCAAGAUAGAUCAGAGCCUCCAUGAGCCCAUGUACUAUUUUCUCUCUAUCUUGGCUCUGACUGAUAUUAGUCUCUCAAUGUCCACUCUGCCCUCCAUGCUGAGCAUCUUCUGGUUCAAUAUCCCUGAGAUUUCCUUUGAUGCAUGCAUCACACAGAUGUUUUUCAUUCAUGGGUUUGGAAUACUGGAAUCAGGAGUCUUAGUGGCUAUGGCCUUCGACAGAUUUGUGGCCAUCAGAGACCCUCUGCGCUAUGCUUCUAUCCUCACCCAUGGUGUCAUUGGCAAGAUUGGAAUAGUUAUCCUCACUCGGGCAUUCUCUGUGGUCUUCCCCGUGCCUUUUCUUAUAAAGAGGCUGCCCUUCUGCCGAUCCAAUGUUUUGUCUCAUUCAUACUGUCUCCACCAAGAUGCCAUGCGACUAGCUUGUGCCAGUACCCGAGUCAACAGCCUCUAUGGUCUCAUCGCAGUCAUCCUCACCUUGGGACUGGACGCCCUCAUGAUUCUUUUUUCUUAUGUUCUCAUCCUGAACACAGUGCUGGGAAUUGCCUCCAGGGAUGAAAGGCUCAAAGCUCUCAAUACAUGUCUCUCUCACAUCUGUGCUGUUCUUCUCUUCUAUGUUCCCCUCAUUGGUAUUACCAUGGUCCAUAGAUUUGGAGAGCAUUUACCACCAGUGGUACAUACGCUAAUGGGCAAUGUCUAUCUGCUACUUCCCCCUGUACUGAACCCCAUUGUCUAUAGUGUGAAAACCAAGCAAAUCCGCAGGCGGAUUAUCUAUGUCUUCCAGAGGAGAAAAAAUGGAGCCUAG